GGAGGGAAGCCGUUGGUUGCGCGCGCAGCCCCUCCGGGUUUUUUUUUAGGGAACGGCCGCCGCUGCCGCCGCUGCUGAGAUGGGGAUGGGGAUGGGGAGGGCGUGCGCCUGGUUUCUGCUGGGGCUCUUUGCCUCCGCCAUCACCUUGGGAGCGAGCCAGAUGUUCGCCCCUUACCCCGACAUCAACAACAAGACCUUUAUCAAACUGUAUGUCGACGCCCACAACAAAUUCCGGAGCGAAGUCAAACCCAGCGCUGCAAACAUGCUGUACAUGACAUUUGAUAUAGCUUUAGCUAGAAUAGCUAAAACUUAUGCAAAGAAAUGUAUCUGGGAUCACAAUGAACACAGGAACAUCCAUCCAGAUCCUAAAUUUAGGCCUUUUGGAGAAAAUAUGUGGAUGGGAGGUGCCAGCGAAAGACCAUUUAAUGUUGCUGCUGCCAUUGAAGCCUUUCACUCAGAAAUAAAAUACUAUGAUUUCAGUACUCACAAAUGUACACAUGUGUGUGGUCAUUAUACUCAGGUUGUUUGGGCUUCUUCUUAUAAAGUUGGCUGUGCUGUUGCUUUCUGCCAUAAAGUGUUCAAAGGAGGAGAGAAUAUGGGAAUGCUAGUGUGUGAUUAUGGUCCAGCGGGCAACUAUAAAGGGACCCGUCCUUACAAAGCAGGAAAGCCAUGUGAUGAGUGCCAAGCAAAAGAUACAUGUCAGAAUAAUCUCUGUAGAAAUCGAAAACGUGAUCAGGAAAAUACCAGUUAUAUACAUUGGUAUCCACCAUCCUAUAGCUGUUGCGGUUUUAAGGACUUUGUUAAUGUUUAUAGCAUUUGUAGCUGUGUAUUUCUUAAAAUUCUCUUAUCCUGGAUUAAAUUUUGAAAAAUAAUAUUUCUUAUUCAUGUAACUUACAAAAACAUUCCUAUGAUUUCUAUUUUUUCAAACUAAAUUUAUAUCAUUUCAUUGUUCUUAUGAAACUUUGAACUUUUCUCUUGUAAUAAAAAGGCAUAUUCUACAUUAAGAAAAUGUUCAAUAUUUUUAAAUGAAGUAGACACUAUUACAAAAUAAAACAAGUGAAAACUA